CUUGUAGCGUGCGAGGAUUUAAACCAAGACGCUGAACCUUGAAAGUACGCUGCAUCAGUCUCCAUUACGACUGUCCGUUUUAUUGUUGAAGCAACGAACUAUCGAAAUGGCUCUCCGAGUAACCAGAAACCGCUUGGCCUCUACCAGGAGUGACCUCGGUGGAAAGGCCUGCUCGGUCACAGGGCCCACCAAGCCUCGAGCUGCGCUGGGAGAAAUCGGAAACAUCGCAGUCAACAAAGAAGUACAGAAAAAGAACAUCAAGACAGAGGCCACCAAGAAGACCAGAGCCACCACACAAGUUGAAAAAGCAACAGUUGUUGAAAAACCAAAGUCAGAAAAUGUUGCUCCCGUUAAACCAGAGCCUGAGGUGCAGGUUAUCCCUGAACCAGCAUCCCCCACUCCAAUGGAGACCUCUGGCUGUGCGCCCACUGACCUCUGCCAAGCCUUUUCUGAUGUCAUGCUCCACACUGCUGUCAGGGAUGUGGAUGCAGAUGACUAUGACAACCCCAUGCUCUGCAGCGAGUAUGUGAAGGACAUCUACAAGUAUCUCCGACAGCUUGAGGUUGAGCAGAACGUCAGACCCACAUAUCUGCAGGGUCAGGAGGUGACUGGCAACAUGCGAGCCAUUCUCAUUGACUGGCUCGUGCAAGUGAGCCUCAAGUUCCGCCUGCUGCAGGAGACCAUGUACAUGACCGUGGGAAUCAUUGACCGCUUCCUUCAGGACCACCCUGUCCCCAAGAAGCAGCUGCAGCUGGUCGGCGUGACCGCCAUGUUCCUUGCUUCCAAAUACGAGGAGAUGUAUCCUCCAGAGAUCUCAGACUUCGCCUACGUGACGGACCGGGCCUACACCACCGCCCAGAUCAGAGACAUGGAGAUGACAAUCCUCCGGGUGCUCAAGUUCAAACUAGGCCGCCCUCUUCCCCUGCAGUUCCUCAGAAGGGCCUCAAAGAUUUAUGAGGUAACGGCUGAGCAACACACUCUGGCAAAAUACCUCCUGGAGCUCACCAUGGUUGACUAUGAGAUGGUUCACUUCCCACCUUCCAUGAUGGCGAGUGCUGCUUUGGCUCUGACCCUCAAAGUCUUGGAUGCUGGCGAAUGGGAUGUGACACUGCAGCACUACAUGGACUACACAGCAGAGAGUUUGAUUCCUGUGAUGGCACACAUUGCCAAGAAUGUUGUGAAGGUGAACGACGGACUGACAAAGCACAUGGCCAUUAAAGGCAAAUACUCCACUUCCAAGCAGAUGAGGAUCGCCACCAUUUCGCAGCUCAAGUCUUCAAUCCUAAAGGAUCUUGCGAAGCAGCUCACACAGUGAGACGACAAUGUUUUUGGCACUGUGUGCUGAUUUUGUACAGUUGUAACUUAAAGGUUUUAAUGGGAUUGAACGAACUACACGCCAAGGACAAUGUCAGUGGUUGCAUGUUUAACCACCUGAAAUCGUGUGUAUACUUUCACUGACCCUUUUCAAACAUGCCACAAGUUUUUAAUUUCUUAGUCAUAGCUUCUUGAAGUUGCAUCCGGCAGGUAGAUGGUGAAAGCCAACAGUCUUUGGUGCUCCUGUCACGGCCCUUGACAUGCUGAGGUGGGUCUGGCGGCUUUCUCCUCUACGUAACUGCUCCAGCUUGACCACAUGUCAAAGUGUUGCCGUUUCCCAUUAGUGUGGUUGGUACAGAACUAGUCAGCUAACACUAAUUCAAACACAAUCCAGUUAACGGUUUCUCAACUUGCAGACGUUGGCAGACUAAAUGACUGGGUACCCUUAAAUGCAAUAUUGCUACACAAUAUACUUGUACCAAGUCACAAACGUAAGUCUAAAAGUUAUUUUUAUAGCUUGAUGAAACAGCUGCCAAGCAGCUGCAAAUCUUAAACAGUGGCAUGCUUUAAAAUGGUCACCAAUAUAAAGGGUCCAGUGGAUAGAUGCAGCUUUUUUUAAAAUGGGAUGUUUUCUUAAUGUGUGAAUGUGUAAAAUGUACAGCAAUACUCUUAACCUGAUUUUACAUUCUUGUUCUUAAAGCUUCUAUUAAAUGGCUCA